AUUAAAUCACAACCGUCCAUCUCUCUCCAAAUCGCAGAUAAACGAAACCCUAAAUUCCCCUUCAUUUUUUUAUAACACUUUGAAAACCCCCCAAUUGAAAAACCUAAAAGAAAACAAAAAAAGAAACUCAAUCCUUCUUUAACCAAGAGAAAACGGAGAGAGAGAGAGAGAGAGAGAUAGAGAAAGCAUAGCCAAAUCCGCAAUUUAAUAUUAGAAUCAGUGUUUUUGUUAUGGAAUUGAAGAUGGGUACAGAGAUAGGGUACGUAAGCUGGGAAGAGGUGAAUGUAUCAAGUGAUAAAGGAAGGAGAGAGGUUCAUUAUUAUUUGAAGAGAAAAGAUGGAGGAUUAGAUCUGGCUGUUAUAGGGAAAGAGAGGAGCUUGAGGCAUAUGUCUUAUCACUAUGCUGCUGCUAUUAUUAAUAAUAGUCCAUCUACGGGACUUUGGAAGCUUAAAUCCAGACGUGAGGUUGUCGAUUGGCUUAAUUCUAUCGUUUCAGAUUCGACGCCACUUGAAUUAUUCCACCUAUCAGGAUAUUUGGAUAACAUUGAUGCUUCUGAGUUGGAUAUUGACAAUUUCAAGGGCACACAAUUAAGGAAGCUGGGCCAGUAUACCAAAGAAUUUUCAUGGUUAGGUCCAUCAUGGACAUGCAGGAGAAGACGAAAGCAUUACCAGUCUUUUAGCCGGAAUGGUGUUGAAAUUUCUGUAUAUGACUUUGUAUUUGUGUUAGCUGAGGAGGAUAAACAGCUUGUUGCACACUUGGAAGACAUGUAUGAGGACACUAAAGGGAACAAAAUGGUUGUUGUGCGAUGGUAUCACAAAAUUGAUGAGGUUGGUAUUGCUUUGCCUCGCACAUUUAAUGACAGAGAGAUUUUCUCUUCUCUUUGUCUUCAAGAUCUCAGUAUUGAAUGCAUAAAUGGAAUUGCUACUGUCCUUAGUCCCCAGCAUUUUGAGAAGUUUCUAAAGGAGGCGAGGCUCAUUGUGUUGGAUCCAUUUGUUUGCUACAAGCAGUUUGAGAAUGAUGAUAUCAGGCCCUUUGAUAUUACACAAGUCAAAGGUUACUGGAAACAAGAAAUAUUUAGGUAUUUGUAUACAGUUUCUUCUAUAAUGGAGCAGAGAGAUUCUCAGCAUCCUGAUGCUGCUCAGAAAUUAGAAACAAAUAUCAAUGAUGAUUCUGAGUUCAGACCUAGGAAGAGGCAUCAUCGGUCGAAAGAUGAUUUACAUGCUGGUGCUAAACAGCCAGUGGACACAAUGGAUGUGAAUAUGCAUGAUGUAGAUAAUAGUUGGGCUGACUGCAAAAGGCCAACGGAGAUGUGCUGUCUAACAGGAGGAGAAUCUAUAGCCCCUUUAUCCACAACUGGGGCUGAGCAAAAUCCUCUCCAGUAUCUGAAGGUUGGUUCUAAAGUUGAAGUGCUUUCUCAGGAUAGUGGGAUUAGAGGCUGUUGGUUUAGAGCUUUGAUUAUUAAGGUGCACAAAUCUAAGGUGAAGGUAAGAUAUGAAGAUAUCAAGGAUGCGGAGAAUGAAGCUAACAAUUUAGAGGAGUGGAUUUUAACAACCAGAGUUGCAGUUUCUGACGACUUGGGUUUUCGAGUUUGUGGAAGGCCUAUCAUCCGCCCUCUCCCAAAGUGUAAUAAAGGCAGAGUCUUGUGGGGUUUUGAGGUUGGGACUGCUGUUGAUGUUUGGUGGCAUGAUGUUUGGCAAGAAGGCAUUGUUGUAAGUGAAGAAUCAGAACAUAGAUUUCAUGUCUAUUUCCCAGGAGAAAAGCAAGAAUUAGUCUUUGGCUGUGCGGACCUGAGACAUUCCCAAGAAUGGUUGGGAAAUCGGUGGAUGCAUCUCAAAUGCAGGCCAGAUAUUUUGACCUCUUUAUCAUCUUUCUUGGAUAAGCAAGUUGUCAAAUCCAAUGAGAGCAAAUCAAUUGAAAAUGGCAUUUGCGAUACAAGGCAGUCUGAGAAAUUCAAAACUGGAUGCCCUGAUGAUUUGUUGGAUUCUGGAAGUGAUGGGGAUGGGGAAUUGAAGGUGGUUCGUGAUCUUUUAAAGGACGAUCGUCUGGCUCAGUUAAGGUGGAACUCUUCAAAGAAGAGAAGGCGUAGUAGUGGGAUCUCUACCCAGAGGAUGCAUCCCAAAGAGAGUGGUGGCAAGAGCUCGUCGGAAGUCAUUAGCUCACGUGGCUGUGAAAGAUUUGUAUUUCCAAUGUCGAUCAAAGUUGAUCAUGAGAAUUGCAAGUUUUUGCGGGAUUCUCUAUUUAGUUCUGCUGUUGCUCAACCUCUAACAAACCUGAUUAUGUCUAGGUGAUGGGUUCAUGGUUGUUGGUAUGUGAAAGUGCUGACAAUUUUCUUGACUGAUGUUGCCCUUUCUUUUUCUUGUCCCCAGAGGUAUAUUUGUCCAGGGUGCAUGAGCUCGAUGCACUUUCACCAAUGUCAUCUUAUGAUGGUAUAUCCUAUUAACAUCCAAGACCUCUUACUGCAAAUGUAUAAAUGUAACAGUGGCCUGUGUGUUAAGAGCUUUUGUGCUCUAAAAAUGUCAGGCAGCAAUUUUUGGAUGACCUCACAGUUCUAGCUUUGCAUAAUAUCCGUCCUUAGAUUUGUUGCUGGAGGAUUUCAGCUUCAUGUAACUUGUAUAUCAUCUCUCAAUAAAAGUUAUCCUUCUACCCUUCAUGUUCA